AUCAAAAUGAGGCCCGGCAGCUCAUUCUCUCAUAAACCACAAGCCGAGAAAGAAAAGCAACGCAGAGAUCGUAUGAAGGACCUCUAUUCAACAUUAGCUACAAUGCUUCAUCUUGAACCAUAUGAGAGCAAGUCACUGCCAGAGUUCUUGGAUCGAGCGACUACUUCACUGAUACACUUAAAGGAAAGAGUAGAAAAAUUGAAGGUUACUAAAGAAGAACUAGAAAAGGAAGUUGCACAUAACGAUGAGCCGAGCAAUAGCGAACAGAGGUUAAAGGUGGUUCGAGUGACAGAAUCGAUGGAUCAAAAAUUAGAGGUUAACAUGAUAUUUAUGGUGAGUAACAAGAAAGUGGGGCCAUUUGAAGUGUUGAGAGUAAUAGAGCAAGGUGGUGCUGAAAUUACAAGUUCUAGCUUCAGUACCGUAGGCCACCAUGUCUACUGCACCAUACAUGCUAAGGUCCAUAUCAUUUUCUAA